GACGACGAAAGGACAUAAGUAGUGAGAGCGAAGGAAACUAUCCAGUAAGCCAUCGGAUCUCCUGCCUGCCGGAGCAACCAACUUGAAGGUGUGCUCAAAUACUUGGACUUGAUUUAGUCGCCAUUGAACUUCAAUACUCUCAAAAUGGUUGUUCUAGCAGCCUCCAUUACCAGUAAAUCUGGCAAAGCACUUGUUUCAAGGCAGUUUGUUGACAUGUCGCGGAUUAGAAUUGAGGGGCUUCUUGCAGCUUUUCCAAAGUUGGUUGGAAGUGGGAAGCAACAUACCUAUGUUGAGACGGAGAAUGUGCGCUAUGUGUACCAGCCAAUUGAGAGCUUGUAUCUGCUACUUGUAACGAACAAGCAAAGCAAUAUUCUUGAGGAUCUGGAUACAUUGAGGCUUCUUUCUAAAGUUAUCCCUGAGUUUUCUGCCUCUUUAGAUGAAGAAGGCGUUUGCAAGUAUGCUUUUGAGCUGAUUUUUGCUUUUGACGAAGUCAUUUCCCUUGGGCACAAGGAGAAUGUAACUGUUGCCCAGGUGAAGCAAUACUGUGAGAUGGAGAGUCAUGAGGAGAGAUUGCACAAAUUGGUGUUACAGAGUAAAAUCAAUGAAACCAAGGAUGUCAUGAAGCGUAAAGCUAAUGAGAUCGAUAAAAGCAAGAUUGAAAGGGGAAAAAUGGACAAAGGUGGCUUUUCAUCUUUACAAUCAAUGGGUUCAAUGGGUUCAAUAGGAAGAAUGGAUAGUGGCUUUGGUAAUGAUACAGGUAUAUCCAGUGGUAAUACAUUUGGAAGUGGUUCUGGAUUUGGAUUAAGCUCUGAUGUCGACUCCUUUUCAAGCAAGUCUAAAGGUCGUCCAAGUUCAGCUGUUAGUGCUCCAAGUAAAGGGAUGGGUAUGCAGCUAGGUAAAUCACAAAGGGCAAACCAGUUCYUGGAAUCACUGAAAGCUGAAGGUGAAGUGAUUGUGGAAGAUGUCCGACCAAGUGCUAAUCCAAGCAGAGCAUCUGCUCCACCACCUACUGAUCCUAUAACUUUGACAACUGAAGAAAAGCUCAACGUGACACUAAAGAGAGAUGGUGGUGUCAGCAACUUUGAUGUGCAGGGAACCUUGUCUCUUCAAAUACUUAACCAGGAUGAUGGGCUUAUCCAAGUUCAGGUUGAAAGUGGGGGUAAUCCAGAAAUCAAAUUCAAGACACAUCCUAACAUUAACAAGGAGUUGUUCUCCAAUGAAAAUAUUCUGGGAUCCAAGGAUCCUAACCGCCCGUUUCCUGCUGGCCAGUCUGGUGAUGGUCUUGGUCUCCUGAAGUGGAGAUUGCAAAGCAAAGAUGAGUCGGAUGUGCCAUUGACAAUUAACUGCUGGCCCUCUGUUUCUGGAAACGAAACCUACGUUAGCAUCGAGUAUGAAGCUUCGUCAAUGUUUGAUUUACAAAAUGUUGUUAUUUCGGUCCCUCUUCCGGCUCUUAGAGAGGCACCAAAUGUUAAGCAGAUCGAUGGGGAAUGGAGGUAUGACUCCAGAAACUCAAUAUUGGAGUGGUCUAUCCUUAUAAUUGAUGACUCAAAUCGCAGUGGGUCGAUGGAGUUUGUGGUUCCUCCAGCUGAUUCUUCAGCUUUCUUCCCUAUUUCUGUGCGUUUCUCGGCAACAAGUACUUUCAGUGGCAUGAAGGUUGCGAGUAUUUUGCCACUAAAAGGUGGAGCUGCUCCGAAGUUUUCUCAGAGGACGCAAUUGGUGACGGAAAGCUACCAAGUUGUUUGAUGGAAGUUGUUAUUGUAAAAGCAUAACUACUUGACGGAAUCCCGGAUUUCAAAAUCGUUGUGUUUUUGUUCGCUUUCGUAUUAAUCAUUGUGUUGUUUUCAAACCAAAAUUGAGUGCAUAUUGGGGAAGUAGUUGUGUAUUCUGGCUCAUUUCGUAGAUUGAUGAAACCGGUCAUGGUGUUUGGAGCAAGAUACCAGGAAUGGCUUGCAAGGGUAAAAUUGUCAUUACAUGU